AUGGGCAAGUCAAGCAAGAAAUCCGCCACCAAGGUUGAUGCUGCUCCCGUUGUCGUUUCACCAGCAAAGUCUGGAAAGAAAGGCAAGAGGCAGGCUGAGGAAGAAAUCAAAAAAGUGAGUGCUAAGAAACAAAAGGUAGAGGAGGUUGUUGCUAAGCAAAAGAAGGAAGCUGUGGUUCAGAAAGCUAAGGAGGAAAGUAGUUCAGAGGAAGAAUCCUCUGAAUCUGAGGACGAGAAACCCGUUGCAAAACCUGCUGCUCCCGUCAAAAAGGCACCAGCUAAGAACGGGAAUGCUAAGAAAGCCAAGCCUGCUUCUAGUUCUUCAGAGUCUGAGUCUGAUGAUGAGUCUUCAGAUGAGGAUGAUGCUAGUGCUAAGAAGCCGGUGAAAGCUGAGGUUGCUGUCAAGCCUAAGCAGGCACCUAAGAAGGUGGAAAGUUCUGAUGAAUCAGAUGAUGAAUCUGAUGAAGAUUCAUCUGAAGAUGAGAAACCUGCUCCUGCCCCAAAAUCUGUUCCUGCUAAAAAUGGGAGUGCCCCAGCAAAGAAAGCUGCUAGUUCUUCUGAUGAAGAGUCUGAUGAUGAAUCUUCCUCUGAUGAAGAAGCACCCAAAGCUAAGGCUGUCCCUGCUGCUGUGAAGCCUGCUGCUGCAAAGAAGCCAGCUAAAAGCUCUGACUCUGAUAGCUCAGAGGAGGAGUCUGAUUCUGAUGAUGACAAGGAUACCAAGCCUGCUGUUGCUGCUGUUGCUAAAAAGACGGAAGAUGAUGAUGAAGAUAGCAGCGAUGAAGAGGAGAGCAGCUCUGAUGAAGACAAUAAAACUUCCAAUGCUUCUAAUGGAAACAAGAAGGCAGUGACUGUUGCUAAGAAAGAGGAUAAGAUGAAUGUUGACAAGGAUAGCAGUGAUGAUUCCGAGGAUAGUGACAGUGACGAGGAGAGUGAGGAUGAACCAUCCAAAACACCUCAGACAAAGACCAAGGAUGUGGAGAUGAUUGAUGCUGACAAAUCUUCAAAGAAAGCUCCUGCUACACCAGCUACACCAAGUGAAAAUGGAGGUUCAAAGACCUUAUUUGUUGGGAACCUGUCAUUCCGUGUUGAGCGAUCAGACAUUGAAAAUUUCUUUCAAGAAUGCGGAGAAGUUGUUGAUGUCCGACUUGCUUCAGAUGAGGAUGGGAGGUUUAAAGGCUUUGGACAUGUUGAGUUUGCGACCGCAGAGGCAGCCCAAAGUGCACUUGCGUUGAAUGGGCAAGAAUUGUUGGAAAGAGGUGUCCGACUUGAUUUAGCUCGGGAAAGGGGUGCUUAUACUCCAAAUAGUAACAGCAACUACUCUGCCCCAAACAGUGGUAAAGGCCAGUCCCAAACUGUAUUUGUCAGGGGUUUUGAUAAAUCUCUUGGGGAGGAUGAGAUUAGAGCUAAGUUGGAGCAACACUUUGCUUCUUGCGGGCAGGCUUCAAGGGUGUCAAUCCCAAAAGAUUAUGAUUCUGGCUAUGUAAAGGGGUUUGCAUAUAUGGACUUUAAAGAUUCAGACAGCUUUAACAAAGCUCUAGAACUCCAUGAAAGCGAACUUGAUGGGUAUUCUUUGUCAGUGGAUGAAGCCAAACCUAGAGAUAGUCAAAGUUCUGGUGGCAGAGGAGGUCGAUUUGGAGACAGGGGUGGUCGCAGAGGAGGUCGAUUUGGUGACAGUGGCGGCAGAGGAGGUCGAUUUGGUGACAGUGGCGGCAGAGGAGGUCGAUUUGGUGACAGGAGUAAUGGAGGUAGAAGGGGGGGUCGUGGGGGUCGUGGUGGUCGUUUUGGCAAUAAACCUAGCCUUGCUCCAGAAGGCACAGGAAAGAAGACUACUUUUGCCGACGACUAG